GUGGUGGUGCUUCGGGUGACAACGGUCAAUAAUGAAGGUGGCUGCGGCGCGGCGGCAGGCUCAGCUGCGCCGGGCGGGGGCGGCGCCGGGGCCGCGCCUGUAGGACCUCGGGGCCGGCGCGGCGAAAUGGGGACCCGGCGCGGGGAGUGAGGUGGCGGCGGCGGCGAGCGGAACUUCAGCCAGAGGGGCACUCCCGCUCCCCUCUCUGGCUCGUCAGCUUCCACCUGCAGCCCCUCGGCCCCCGCGUCCCGCGGGACCGGGACGGCGCCGGCGGGGGCAUGUGGCGCUGGGUCCGGCAGCAGCUGGGUUUUGACCCACCACAUCAAAGUGACACAAGAACCAUUUACAUAGCCAACAGGUUUCCUCAGAAUGGCCUUUACACACCUCAGAAAUUUAUAGAUAACCGGAUCAUUUCAUCUAAGUAUACUGUGUGGAAUUUUGUUCCAAAAAAUUUAUUUGAACAAUUCAGAAGAGUGGCAAACUUUUAUUUUCUUAUUAUAUUUUUGGUUCAGCUUAUGAUUGAUACACCUACCAGUCCAAUUACCAGUGGACUUCCGUUAUUCUUUGUGAUAACAGUAACCGCCAUAAAGCAGGGAUAUGAAGAUUGGUUACGACAUAACUCAGAUAAUGAAGUAAAUGGAGCUCCUGUUUAUGUUGUUCGAAGUGGUGGCCUUGUAAAAACUAGAUCAAAAAACAUUCGGGUGGGUGAUAUUGUGCGAAUAGCCAAAGAUGAAAUUUUCCCUGCAGAUUUGGUGCUUCUGUCGUCAGAUCGACUUGAUGGUUCUUGUCACGUUACAACUGCUAGUUUGGAUGGAGAAACUAACCUGAAGACACACAUGGCAGUUCCAGAAACAGCAGUAUUACAAACAGUUGCCAGUUUGGACACACUCAUAGCUGUGAUAGAAUGUCAGCAACCAGAAGCAGACUUGUACAGAUUCAUGGGACGAAUGAUAAUAACUCAACAAAUGGAAGAAAUUGUAAGACCUCUGGGGCCGGAGAGUCUCUUGCUUCGUGGAGCCAGGUUAAAAAACACAAAAGAAAUUUUUGGAGUUGCUAUCUACACUGGAAUGGAAACUAAGAUGGCAUUAAAUUACAAGAGCAAGUCACAGAAACGAUCUGCAGUAGAAAAGUCAAUGAAUACAUUUUUGAUAAUUUAUCUAAUAAUCCUUAUUUCUGAAGCCAUCAUCAGUACUAUCUUGAAAUAUACAUGGCAAGCUGAAGAAAAAUGGGAUGAACCUUGGUAUAACCAAAAAACAGAACAUCAAAGAAAUAGUAGUAAGAUUCUGAGAUUCAUUUCAGACUUCCUUGCUUUUUUGGUACUCUACAAUUUCAUCAUUCCAAUUUCAUUAUAUGUGACAGUCGAAAUGCAGAAAUUUCUUGGGUCAUUUUUUAUUGGCUGGGAUCUUGAUCUCUAUCAUGAAGAAUCAGGUCAGAAAGCUCAAGUCAAUACUUCUGAUCUGAAUGAAGAGCUUGGACAGGUGGAGUAUGUGUUUACAGAUAAAACUGGUACACUGACAGAAAAUGAGAUGCAGUUUCGGGAAUGUUCAAUUAAUGGCAUAAAAUACCAAGAAAUCAAUGGUAGACUUGUAUCUGAAGGACCAACACCAGACUCUUCAGAAGGAAGCUUAUCUUACCUUAAUAGUUUAUCCCAUCUUAACAACUUAACCCAUCUUACAACCAGUUCUUCUUUUAGAACCAGUCCUGAAAAUGAAAGUGAACUGAUUAAAGAACACGAUCUCUUCUUUAAAGCAGUCAGUCUCUGUCACACUGUACAGAUUAGCAAUGCUCAGACUGAUGGCAUUGGUGAUGGUCCCUGGCAGUCCAACUUUGUACCCUCCCAGUUGGAAUACUAUGCAUCUUCACCAGAUGAAAAGGCUUUAGUGGAAGCUGCUGCAAGAAUUGGCAUUGUAUUUAUUGGCAAUUCUGAAGAAACUAUGGAAGUUAAAACACUUGGAAAACUGGAACGGUACAAACUGCUUCAUAUUCUCGAAUUUGAUUCAGAUCGUAGGAGAAUGAGUGUAAUUGUUCAGGCACCUUCAGGUGAGAAGCUUUUAUUUGCUAAAGGAGCUGAAUCAUCAAUUCUUCCUAAAUGUGUAGGUGGAGAAAUAGAAAAAACCAGAAUUCAUGUAGAUGAAUUUGCUUUGAAAGGGCUGAGAACUCUGUGCAUGGCCUAUAAACAGUUGACAUCUAAAGAGUAUGAGGAAAUAGAUAGACGUCUGUUUGAAGCCAGGACUGCCUUGCAACAACGGGAAGAGAAAUUGGCAGAUGUCUUCCAGUUCAUAGAGAAAGACCUGAUAUUACUUGGAGCUACAGCAGUGGAAGACAGGCUGCAAGAUAGAGUUCGAGAAACUAUUGAAGCAUUGAGAAUGGCUGGUAUCAAAGUAUGGGUACUAACUGGUGAUAAACAUGAAACAGCUGUUAGUGUGAGUUUAUCAUGUGGACAUUUUCACAGAACCAUGAAUAUCCUUGAACUUAUAAACCAGAAAUCAGACGGCGAAUGUGCUGAACAAUUGAGGCAGCUUGCCAGAAGAAUUAAAGAGGAUCAUGUGAUUCAGCACGGGCUGGUGGUGGAUGGGACCAGCCUGUCUCUUGCACUCAGGGAGCAUGAAAAACUAUUUAUGGAAGUUUGCAGAAAUUGUUCCGCUGUAUUGUGCUGUCGUAUGGCACCACUGCAAAAAGCAAAGGUAAUAAGACUGAUAAAAAUCUCACCUGAGAAACCUAUAACAUUGGCUGUUGGUGAUGGUGCUAAUGAUGUAAGCAUGAUACAAGAAGCACAUGUCGGCAUAGGAAUCAUGGGUAAAGAAGGAAGACAAGCUGCAAGAAACAGUGACUAUGCAAUAGCUAGAUUUAAAUUCCUCUCCAAAUUGCUUUUUGUUCAUGGUCAUUUUUAUUAUAUUAGAAUAGCUACCCUUGUACAGUAUUUUUUUUAUAAGAAUGUGUGCUUUAUCACACCCCAAUUUUUAUAUCAGUUCUACUGUUUGUUUUCUCAACAAACACUAUAUGACAGCGUGUACCUGACUUUAUACAAUAUUUGUUUUACUUCCCUACCUAUUCUGAUAUAUAGUCUGUUGGAACAGCAUAUAGAUCCUCAUGUAUUGCAGAGCAAGCCCACCCUCUAUCGAGACAUUAGUAAAAACCGUCAACUAAGCAUUAAAACAUUUCUUUAUUGGACCAUCCUGGGUUUCAGUCAUGCCUUUAUUUUCUUUUUUGGAUCCUAUUUUCUAAUAGGAAAAGAUAUAUCUCUGCUUGGAAAUGGCCAGAUGUUUGGAAACUGGACAUUUGGCACCUUGGUUUUCACAGUCAUGGUUAUUACAGUCACAGUAAAGAUGGCUUUGGAAACUCAUUUUUGGACCUGGAUCAACCAUCUUGUUACCUGGGGAUCUAUUAUAUUCUAUUUUAUAUUUUCUUUGUUUUAUGGAGGGAUUCUCUGGCCAUUUUUGGGCUCCCAGAAUAUGUACUUUGUAUUUAUUCAGCUCCUAUCAAGUGGUUCUGCUUGGUUUGCCAUAAUACUCAUGGUUGUUAUGUGUCUAUUUCUUGAUAUUGUGAAGAAAGUAUUUGACCGACAGCUCCAUCCUACAAAUACUGAAAAGGCACAGCUUACUGAAACAAAUUCAGGUAUCAAGUGCUUGGACUCCAUGUGCUGUUUCUCAGAAGGAGAAACAGCGUGCGCAUCUGUUGGAAGAAUGCUGGAACGAGUAGUAGGAAGAUGUAGUCCAACCCAUGUCAGCAGAUCUUGGAGUGCAUCGGAUCCUUUCUAUACCAACGACAGGAGCAUCUUGACUCUCUCCACAAUGGACUCAUCUACUUGUUAAAGGGGCAGUAGUACUUUGUGGGAACCAUUUCAACUCCUUUCCUAAAAUUCAGUGUGAUCAUCCUGGUAAUGGCCACACUAGUUCUGCAGAAUUACUUUUUGAAAUUUCUCAAGUAUUUCAUACCCACUCAGAGUUAUAAUGGCAAACAAAUAAAAAGCAUUGACAUAAACCCCUUUCAACCCCUUUAAUUUAAAUCUGAACAUGUCAGAAUUUGUGAAAGAGACAUUUUCCAUCUCUUUGGAUUGUCCCUUGUGCUUAUGGGACUCCAAAUGGCAUUUCAUCCUCUUGCUAAGGCCACUAUAUUUUAAUAUCAAGGUAGAAAAGGGAACUAAUUCCUAGUUAAUUGUAUUUUUUAGUAUUAGCUUGGUUAUUGAAUCUUCUAUUCAAAUCUGCUUCUGUAAAUUUUGCUGAAAAGUUUGCCCUGAAAACUCUAUUUUUUUAUUAGAGUUAUAUUUGAAGCUUUUCAUGCGAAAAGUUAAUGUGAAUAGAAAGGAAUUUUGGUCCCUCAGUGACCCAUGUUGUUAAUUCUUUAGUGCUUUUUAAGUUCACAGAGCAAAUUAGGAGAAUGCAUUUCCCACCAUUAUUUACUGCAUUGUGGAUAGUAAAUAUAUACCAAUACCAAACUUCUCUAAAUACUGUAACACAAUCAGUAAAAUUAAGCAUAUACAUGCAAAGGGUAUAUUAUAUAUAUAAAUCAGGAAUCAAGUCCAUUCACCAAAUUUCAAGUUGAUGUUUAAUAUUUUUGUGACAGAAUACAAAGAACCUAUAGUGGGUAAAUUACAUACCAUUAGCAUAUUAUUUAAUGUGUUUAUCAUUGGAUCUUUUGCAUGCUUUAAUCUGGUUAAUAUGUUUAAAUUUGCCUUUUUUUUCCCCCUCUAUCUGCAGGCUCUGUUUAUAGUAUUUUAUGACACUGUUGUAAAGUUCAACUAUAUCAAUAAAAAACAAGUUUGGACAGUA